AUGGAGUUACCGUCUAUCCCAGUGCCGCUGAACGACUUCAUAGCCUAUCUGGAUAAAUAUAGUCGUGAUGAAGUUCUUACCGGCAGUGCGAUGGCUCCGUUCAAAGCCUAUGAGUAUAAGCUCCGUGAGGUUUUUGCCCAAGAGCCUGACGAUAAAAUCCUUGAGGACCCUCAUCUCAGUGUUCUCCCCGUUUAUAACGGUCAAGCCGAACGCCUUAAGGUGAAAGCGCGGGAUCUUCUUAACGAAAGCCCAGCGGACGCUGAAAAGUAUAUUCUUCCACUGAUUCACAGAGCACGGAAAGAGAAUGGCGGCCCUGCCAUUGUUCCGACGUUCAAUCAGUUCAUGGAUAAUUUCAGACUGUUUUCGGAGUUAUCCUUGGUUGACAUGGACUGGAGCAAUGUUGUUGCGUCUGGAAGUGCUGUGACUACGUGCCUGUUGCCUGUUCCUGACAAGUACAGUUCCUCCCGGAAGGCCCAGAGAGAAUACUACCACGAAAAAAUUGCACCUUCCUCCGACGUCGAUCUGUUCCUCUAUGGGCUUAACGAAGAACAGGCUAUCGAGAAAAUCAAACAGAUUGAGACAUGCGUCCGCAACAAUAUUUUGGAGGAAGUCAGCGUCAUUCGAUCCAAAAAUGCCCUGACAAUUGUCUCAAAAUAUCCAGUUCGCCAUGUCCAGAUAGUUCUCAGGCUCUAUAAAAGCGUCUCGGAAAUUUUGACAGGCUUCGAUGUCGAUUGUGCCUGCACCGCAUUUGAUGGCUCGCAGGUUUGGGCCAGUCCCCGGGCAAUCGCAGCUUUUGCUACUCAGACGAACUCCAUCGACCUCACCCGGCGUUCUCCUUCGUAUGAAAACCGCCUUGCCAAAUAUGCCCACCGCGGAUUUGAGGUGCACUGGCCGGCCCUGGACCGUUCCAAGAUUGAUCCGACAAUCUUCGAAAGAAGCUUUAAUCAUAUUGUUGGCCUCGCCCGACUCAUAGUUAUGGAGAAAUUUCCUACCCAAGCUGGGAGGGAAAAGUACAUUGAACAGCGCCGUGCAGCCCGAGACAGACCUCCUCCAGCCGGUGGGAUGAUCUAUUAUCGCAACAGAGCAAACCUGAAAGAAGUCCAACCGGAAGAUGUUGCAGAAUGGGUUGAGCAAGAGGAUGUUUCUAACUACCACACAUUCACCAUUCCGUAUGGGCCAAAAUACACCCCCAAGAAGAUCGAGAAAUUAAUCUACAAGAAGGAUUUACUCCUAAAUGCUGAGUGGAACAAGCCUAAGGAUCGUUCUGUGGAUUUGCAUAGGCACCCUGCGUUUUUCGGUAGCGUAGAGCACGUCAUCGACGAUUGCUGUGGGUUUUGCCCUGUUCCGCUUACAGACGAGGAGAAGGACAUCUCAGAGCAGGAGGGUAAAAAAUACGUGUCAGGCAAAGUCCAAUUUAUGAAAAAUGAUCCUGGAAGACAAACAAUCGGGAGCUUCAAUCCUACAACGGAUUCAGAUUGGACUGAAUUCGCGUACGUCAACGACACAGAAAGUCUCUGUAAAGCCAUUGUGGAGGGAGAUAUUGCCCACGUUCAAAAGUGUUGCACGCAGGAAAACUUCAAUGUAAACCAGCGAGACUACACUGGGCGCAUGCCUUUGCAUCUAGCAAUAAUGUGCGGCACCCCCGAAAUCGUACAAUGCCUCGUCAACCGCGGGGCCCGGCUUGUGAGCCGCGUCGCUGGCGGAUUCACCUCCCUUCAUCUUGCUGCUGCUCGCGGGGAUGUGAGAAUCUUGCGAGCCAUUCUUCGGAAAAGCGAGGCAAAUCAGGUGGAAUAUCUGGAAAAAUCAAAUAAAAAUCCAGAAACUGCUGGACAUGAUAUCGAAUCCGCCUCAGAUGGCGACGAUGAGGAGGAAGGUGAAGGAGAGUUUGACGACAUUUCAAUGGUGAGAACCGGCACACAGUCCCCCUAUGCCGCCACUCAAGGGUCAAUGGUCGUUGUUACCGACCCCUCAAAGGUCACCAUGGAAGAACAGAACGACGAGGAAGAUGAGCCUAAUUUUUACGAUAAUCUCGGUGUUGUUUCGUGGGAUAUCCCACUUAGUCCGCUUCAUGUGGCUAUUCUAAAUGGCCAUGUCGAUAUUGUCAACUGCCUUGCCACGGAAUUUGGUGUUGAUGUAAGCCAGCCGUUCGUAAAGAAGGAGUACAGUCAAUCUCAUGUGCUCUUUUCCAUGCUCCUUGCAAUGCACCACCCUUUCAAGGUAUCCAAGGCUCUAUUACAGACCCUCCUAGAGCUUGGCGCUUCUUCCACACAAGCCGAUAUGCAACAUCUGACAGCGUUUCAUUCUCUUGUAAUGGUUGGAGAAUAUCGACUUCUUGACACGAUUUUCAAAUUCGACGGACCCGCUGCCCACCUUGCAAUAAAUCACCCGACUGUCACUACUGAUUGGCGACCUAGAGCUAUACUACCUUUGACGACAGCGGUUAGGCACAAGGGCAUUGCUAUGAUUGAAAAAUUAUUGGACAACGGCGGCACUCUAUCCGUGCCCACUGAACGUCACCGACGUUUUUGGGCUCGCCAGGGAAAGAUUAUGAAGGUUGAGGCUUGUAUGGUUCAACCGAUUGUUAAAGCGGCUGAAUUUGCAACACCUGUGGUGGUCGGAAAGCUCUUGGAUGCCGGGGCAGAUCCUAACGCAAUGACGACAGAUACGUACGCAUUACUUGAUUCAGAUUUUGGAAGCUCUAACAAUGGUCGGACUGUUCUUGAUGUUAUUGGCGCGCGAAAGGAUUUCCUGAAGCCAUUGAUUCAGCAUCGCAGUAAACCCAUCACAUCUCUAAAUGCAGAGUUUGAAUCGGACGCGGUUUAUUUGGAUGGUCUGGUGGAAGGGACAUUUGAAUAUUCCUUCGUCCAGAAGGAGCUCGCCAUGGCCAAAAUUGCAGUUGAGAUAAUCGAAAAUGAGUUGAACAGCGAAAGAUUUACGAAAGCUGAACAACAAGAGAAGCGGAAGGCUGACUGGAUCAAACGUGAAAUCGAGGCUCUAGAGAAAGUCGAACAAGCCUUGAAAGAAAAAGGUGGCAAAACCUUUGCAGAAUUGCACCCUACACGUGAUGGCACUGCUCAUGUUCAACAUGGGAGGGACGGAAUGCCUUUAGUUCUUGAUGAAACAACAUUGAAGAAGUUUGAAAUCGAUUAUACCUUUACAGAUCAAGAUGUUGGAGAUCUGGAUACGAAACAGUAUCUUCCACUGUUCCAAGCCGCAUGGGAUGGUGAUCUCGCGAGAGUCAAGCAACUUACCACCGAGCCACAGGCUCCGAAUAAAUCGUCAUCGUCGCUUCAGCUUACGGCAAUGCACAAAGUGCGGCUCUUUGACCCAUUCGCUAUUGCUGUGGCUCGGGGCCACUUCGAGCUGGCUAGGUCCAUUCUUCAAGAUGUUGAGGCUCAACAAGUCCAACCAGAUACCAAAAAGUCAAGCCGUAAAGUAUACGAAGUUGUUGUUGACUCUAACGUUAAUGAUUACAGUUCCAGCGGCGAAACUGAUGAUGACUCGGAUAAUGAUGGGGUCGGUGUGCGUUUCAACGUUGUUAACGACCAGCAAACCAUGGAUGAUGUUCGAGAUACCAUGAACGCCGGUAAAUACACGACUUCCCCCUUUUACCUUCUCACUCGAAGCCGAGAUAUGUCUCUAUUCCUGGGAGGUGGAGAUACGGAAUUUGAGAAAAGCGAACGCAAACGCUUGUCCAACAUUGUAGGGAGCUGGACUCGGGAUCAUACUUAUUGGGCCACACAAACUAUGAAGGCAUCUUUCGCAAUCCAGGGCAUGUCUCUACUCGAGUUUGCUGUCCGGCAAAAUGACAUGGCAGCAGUCAAAUUUUUAGUCGAGCAGCAAACACACUACCUUAUCAAGAGUAAAUCUAACGACGGUGACUGUCACAAGUUUAUCACGGUUAGCUUUGAUAUAUUCAAACUAGCUGUGAAGAAUGGCAAAACCGAGAUGUUAGGUUUUUUCAUGUCGAAAACGGGGAUUGGAUUGCCAUUUCAGGCUCUGAUGGAGGAAGCUGGUGUCAAAUUGAAAACUAAACAUAAGUAUUAUCGAGGCCUCUCUGUGUACGGGAGGAAACGUGAAGAUUGGGCGACCGAAAACGUAUACCCUUAUGGACGCUCGUUACAAAGCUCCGACUCACUUCUUUUGCUCGCCAUUACGUUGAAGAAUCUUGAGUCUGUUAAGUGGUUCCUUAGCGAUGAGCCCGAAAAGAAGUAUAGGGAAUUUCUACACACUUUCAGAGACGACAGUCGCCUGGCGCCCCUUUUCCAAGAAGAGAGUGGAUUUGAGGCGAUGAUAACAUCCUGGCUGGGUGCUCGACGAAAUUUGGCUCUCCACUGUGCUGUAAUGGCCGCACCAACUGAGGAACUUGGCAAUUCUCUCGUUCACUUCAUCCUCCAACGGUUUCCAGACUCCUUGCACACGAGGAAUGCUGAUGGUCUCACACCACUGCAUCUGGCAUUUGCUGGUCAGAGGAUUAUGGCCGCCAGGGCCCUUGUUGAGGCUGGAGCAGACCAAACCGCUCGGGACAAUGAUGGCCGUAACAUGCUUCAUUACAUUCUCGUUUCACGUCCUUCCUCCGCCAAUCACUCUGCUGAAAUCGUUAGGGUGCUGAGUGGUAUCUUAGAUCCUGGAGUCCUCUCAACCCUUGCAGUACAAAGAUCUCGUUUACAGUCUGCAAGAUCACUAAGUUAUGUCGAAUGGGGUAGGCGGAGUCCAUUGUCAGAGUGGCUUCAAAAGUCGCACAAGAUCACGACAGAUACGCUGGAAGCAAUACUGGACAUUACUGGCGGAAAGGAGCUCUAUAUCCUUGACGAAGAAGGAAACUAUCCAAUUCAUCAAGUUACCAGAAUUCAGAACAUCGAGUAUCUUCGAGUUAUGUUAAAGAGGGAUUCCAGUCUUGCCAAUCUGGAAAACGCCACAGGAAUCACUCCCUUAGAGAUUGCGGAGAACAAGCUCAUAAGUUACCUAAUCCAAACCCUUAACGCUACAACCUUGAAAAUCAACCGCGAAAAUUACAGGUACUACGGAGGAACUCCUAUUAUUUACCAAAAUCUUAAUGAUCCUUACAGACCAGACACCAAGUUCAAGUCCAGCCCGUUCAGCACCUUUGAUUCGAUAGAUGAUGAACCAACCAUUUCGUGGAAGAAGUGCAGCCAAAGUAAAAUCGUGCAGUUGCUGCGCAAUGCUUCAGCGAAAUCAGACAAGAAGAGGAUCCUCGUCAGCUUGCAGGAUGCGAACGAGCUGGUGAGGCGUGUGUCGGCUAUCCAGCAGAAAAUGGGUGCGGUUCAUCCGUUCACAGAUGUGGAUGGCGAUGCUGAGGAAGGGGACCGCGAUAGGGUUACGAUGACUGACGAGGUAAAGGCAUGGAUGUCAACGCUGGACGAGCAGUCUUUUGAGGUGACAGCGAUUUUGGAAGAGGAGGAAAAGACCAGGUUGCGGAGGGGAAAUGGAACUAGUGGUGAUGAUAGCAGUGACAGUGAUGAGGACGAAGAUAAUGAGUAA